CAGCAGCAGCAGGCGGCCGGCGCCGUCGAGAGCAGCCGCGGGUUCCGGCACAUGAUGCGCGAGCGCCAGCGCCGCGAGAAGCUCAGCCAGAGCUACGCCGACCUCUACGCCAUGGUCUCCUCCCGCUCCAAGCAGGACAAGAACUCGAUCGUGCAGUCCGCGGCCGUCUACAUCCACGAGCUCAAGGUCGCCAAGGAGCAGCUCCAGAGGAGGAACGACGAGCUCAAGGCCAAGAUCCUGGGGCACGACGCGCAGCAGCAGUGCGUCAAGGUGCAGUUCGAGGUCGACGAGCCCUCGUCCUCCGUCGACUCCAUGAUCGGGGCCCUCAGGCGCCUCAAGAGCAUGAAUGUCAAGACCAGGGGGAUCCACUCCACCUUGUCCGGCCAGCGGUUGACGACGGAGAUGAAUGUCGAAACCACGAUUGCGGCCUGCGAGGUAGAAAAUGCAGUGGAGGAGGCUCUCCAGGAAGUAGAGAGGAAUCAGCUGCCUGACAGCGAGGCCCCGUUUCCCGGAAGCAGGAGCGCCUGGCCUCAAACAUCACACGUGCAAAAUGUGUUCUGAGAUGGUUCUGAGCACGAGGGCCAUGAGACCCAUUUGUUCAUUGUUCUUUCUUCUCUCUUUUUUUCUCCUUUAUUUCGAUGAUGGAGGGCAAAUUUGACAAAUUUAACCUAUAGACAAAAUCAAAUCACAGAAUGAACUGUCCGUGAAACUAUUUCACGCGGCUGACCAGUGGCGCCUAACUCUCAUGCGCCGCACUAGUGCAACGCCUGGGAGCUAGGCGCUGCACUAGGCAACGCCUAGGAGCUAGGCUGCACACUGACUUAGUAAUUUUCUGAUCACACGGGUGCGACGCUGGCCGUGUAGCGCCUAUCUGUGAGGCGUUGCACAGUGUAGUGUGGCGCCUUCGUGUCGGGCGUCACACAAAAAGGUCAGCCGCGUGAAAUAGUUUCACGGAUAGUUUAUUCUGUGAUUUGAUUUCGUCUAUAGGUCAAAUUUGUCAAAUUUGCCAUGAUGGAGCAAGUGAAGAUCUCCACAUGCCCUUGCCCGCGUGCGUACGUGGUGGUUGUACGUACUCUCGACCCUCGUGUGUGGUCCUAGUGGUUUGUUCGGGGCUGUGAAGAUGUAAGUAGCUCUUCAGAUUUGUAGGUAGUGAGGUCAACUUGGGAUCAAAUGUGUUGGGAAAAUUUGAAGGGGGUCAACUUGCACAGUUUGGCCUGGCGCUUACGUUUGGCCCUAGCAAGGAAGAGAAAAUGAUAUGACAACUUGACAAGGAUUACCAAACGUUUGGAAGAAGAGGGACCAGCAAGCCUUUGUUGGUUGCUGACACUGUAAAUUUGCAACCACCCAAUGUUCGAAAUCGAGUAUAUAUUUUUCUCCAAA